AUCAAAAGUUAUAUAAACCAGCGUUACUCACUCUCGUAGAUAUUAAUUCCAUUGUAUAGUCUACAUACUUCUCACGAGCUCAUUCAGGUCAAUCUUUCAAAUCACAAAACAUGGCCGAACAAAAAGAGGAUAAGUGGUCAUCCGAGGCCUACCAGCACUCCGCCUCCUUCGUCCCCAAGCUGGCGACGAAGGUGGUCCAGUGGCUGCACGUGCAAAAGGACGAUGUCAUCCUCGACGUCGGCUGCGGUGGUGAGUCUCUGACAUCGACCCAUUUCAUCGUUCCUCUCGAUGAUGAACUUGACUGCAGCACGAAACUCCAGACUGACAAUCAAGUAGACGGCAUCCUCGAUGUUGAGUUCGGCAAGGUCCUCUCCCAAGGGAAAGGCUCCCUCCACGGCAUCGACGCCUCCCCAGGCAUGAUCUCCGCCGCCAAAAAGGCCGUCUCAGCAGCAGGCCUCUCAAACUGCGAAUUCGAAGUCCUCGACGCAACAAAAAUCACAACCUCCUCAACACCAACCCUCCACACCCCAACCUUCACAAAAGCCUUCUCCAACGCAGCUCUCCACUGGAUCCUUCGGCCCCCGGGCUCCCACAUACCCGUCUUCACCGCCAUCCGCGACGCUCUCCUCCCGGGCGGCACCUUCGCCCUCGAAAUGGGCGGGCUGGGCAACGUAGCCGAGAUGCGCACCGCCAUCGUCAUGGCCGUCGCGCGGCGCGUGGGCAUGGAGAAGGCCGUCGCCGUGGACCCCUGGUUUUUCCCGGACGAAGAGUGGUUGAAGACGGUGCUCGAGAAAGAGGUCGGCGGGUGGGAGGUGUUGAAAGUCGAGCGGGAGUGGAGGCCUACGACAGCGGAUAAGGGCGGCGUGGAGGGGUGGGUGAGGCUGAUGGGGAAGGAGCUGUUGGAUGCGGUGCCGGAGGAGGGGGGCCAGAGGGAGGAGGCUGUUAGGGAGAUUGUGGAGGUGUUGAGGCAUGUUUGUAGGAUUCCGGGGGAUGGGGAGAUGAUUAGUUAUGUGAGGUUGAGGUGUCUUGCGAGGAAGCUUUAGAUGAGCGGCUGGAUGGAGGGCAUCCAAUGUCUCUAGUGAGGGGAUGAGACUAGCGAGUAUCUGCCACUCAUGAGAUGGCUGCUAGUAAUCAUUUCCCAACCUAUAAAACGCGUUCAAUUCACUUGAAAGACAGAUGAGAAAGACAGGAACCCAUGCGACCACUUGCAAUGGUUGCAAAUCAGAGCCAGUCUCGGUAGCAGAGUUCAUCA